AUGCGACGCCCACUGGGUGCAUUGGAAGCGCUGCUCACCGCGUACGCCACACGAGCAUUGGCGAAAUGGAUGAGCAGCUCCCCCCUGUUUCUACGUGCCACAGAGCGCGUUUUGCAUGAAUGGGAUCAUUUACCGAAUCGCUGGCAAGGUCGGGCUGUGCCGCCUUUCGAGCCACGGACACCAUCAUCGACGGUCGAGCACGACGAACCACACGAUAUGCCAUCACCCUACCCUAUCUCCGGCAAGCAUUCGAUGCCCUCCUUUGGUCAGCGAGCAACACCGCGUCGCCCAACCGUCGCGCAAACACGCGGUUCGCAUAAGGGCGACGCGGCUGAGUCUCCACCGAAGCGAAAGCGUGACGUGGAUCGCGUGGCCGAGGAAAUUCGCGCACUGCAAGAGAAAAUUCGGGGCACUCGUGAGCGGUGA